UGAAAAUGGGAGGAAUGGCCCCGGUGAAGAAGAAACUUUUCACUCCUAAAGUGAAUCCGAAACGUGUGAAAUGCACCGUCUACCUGGACAUACAGGCUGUGAGCUGUCCGGGCGUGCUGCUGGCCCGGCGGGAGGACGUCUACCUCAGUGUGAGCAUCAUGGGCCAGCACAGGAAGACUCCCUGUGUGCCGCCCGUCUUCCUGCUCUUCCACCACAAAAUGGUCUUUGUCAAGACUUUCCCAGGCGUUGUUGACCCUGCUGACGUGGCUGACCUGCUAGAUGCUGACACCACAUCUUUUGAGCUGAUUCAGCUGGUGCCUCCAGAGGGUGAGAUCCUCGCCACAGUGGAGGACAGCACCAGAGAUUUCUUGUACCCUGGACCCAGACUGGGCUCGAGAGCAGGAGCUCCAGAGAGAGAGAUACUGAUGAAGAGGUCCCACUCCUUCCCUGGAAUCUCCCCCAAAGUGGAGUUUGCGACUGCAUCUGUCAUUGAGGAGAGCGAUGGGGAAGACAGCCGGCCCACCUCACCUCCUCGCUGUCUCUCUCCAGUGAUGCCGUCUCUAUCAUCGCCUGGACGGACCCCAGCCAAACCAUCAUCAUCGUCCGAACCACUAAAUCAGUCUCCACCCAUCCAGCAGUAUUCCACGAGGGAUGGUGGGAACUGUAGUUCCUUGAGAAAUGGGAAGCAGAAACAAAACGCUGAGGCUAGAAAAACGAACUCUGCAUGGUCAUCGACAUCCAGACCCCCUCCCUCGUCUCUGUCCAACCGAGGUUCCGGGAGAAACAAGAAGGAAAGGCAGCAGGCGGGUCCUGGAUUUUCUGUGGACUGCGGCUACCAGCAGCCCACAGUUGCCUCCAGGACACGAGCCCUGUCACCUUACACCCACCGCAGGAUGUGCCAGCUUUCAGAGGACGCCAGGCAGAGGCUCAGCCAUCUCCAGCUGGGGCCUCACCGCUUCAGGAAAGAGACGGAGAGCCAGCCGCCCUUCUUGGUCUCUAGUUGCAGUAGUGUCUCUGUGAUGGAAACUCCCUGCUCUCAGCAUCUUUCCUCUCCCAUGACUGGCAGCAUGCGUCACAGUCACUCUGCCAGCUUCACAGCUGAUCAUAUGGAUUCCUCUGUCCUGGGGAGCUACAGACCGAGAACCGCUAGAUUUGGUUCAGGUGCUGUGAGGGGCCGCUCGUCUCCAGAGACACCGUCCAGACGUGAAGUCCAGAUCAGGACGCCUGGGAGAGGUGCUGACUCCUCUCAGUUCACCCUGAGUGCAUCGAGCUCCAGAGGCCCUCAGAUUCUCAGCAAAUCUUCCCUCAGAGAAAGGUUCCAGUCCAGUCCGCGCAGUCCCACCCACUGGGAGCAGAUCCACAGCAGAGUCCAGAGGAUUUUGCAGACGCACAGAUCCACCCAAAAAUACCAAGUGACCCUUUGACCUCUGUCCUGCUGUUCCGACUGGAAACUGACCAAAGUUAAAAGAAAAAA